AUGUGGCUCCCGGUUCUGUGCCUCGCCCUGUCUCUGGGGGGGACUGGCGCCGCGCCCCCGCUCCAGUCCCGGAUCAUAGGCGGCUGGGUAUGCGGGAAGAACUCCCAGCCCUGGCAGGCGGCUCUGUACCACUACAGCAACUUCCAGUGUGGGGGCGUCCUGGUGCACCCCCAGUGGGUGCUCACAGCCGCCCACUGCUUCAGCGACAACUACCAGCUCUGGCUGGGUCGCCACAACCUGUUUGAGGACGAGGCGGAAGCCCAGUUCAUCCAAGUCUCCGGCAGCUUCCCGCACCCCCGCUUCAACCUGAGCCUCCUGGAGAACCAAACCCGUGGUCCGGGCGAGGACUACAGCCACGACCUCAUGCUGCUGAAGCUGGCGCGUCCCGUGCAGCUCACCAACGCCGUGAGGGUGCUGGAGCUGCCCACGCAGGAACCCCAAGUGGGGACGUCCUGCCUCGCCUCGGGCUGGGGCAGCAUCACACCGAUAAAGUUCACUUACCCAGAUGAGCUCCAGUGUGUGGACCUCAGCAUCCUGGCUAACAGCGAGUGUGACAAAGCCCACGCCCAGAUGGUGACAGAGUGCAUGCUCUGUGCUGGCCACUUGGAAGGCGGCAGAGACACCUGCGUGGGCGACUCAGGGGGCCCGCUGGUCUGCAACAAUGAGCUGCAGGGCAUCACGUCCUGGGGCCACGUCCCAUGCGGCAGCCCCAAUAAGCCUGCCGUGUUCACCAAAGUGCUGUCCUACGUGGAGUGGAUCCGGAACACCAUAGCCAACAACCCCUGA